UUCUUUGUGUCAUAUAUACGACCUUGAGGCUAUGGCAGAGCGUAAGAAAAUCAAUGGAAAUGGAAGGAGAGGGCAAAACUACAUAUAGCAGCCAUUGUGGCAGAGAAAAAAGGUUGUGAUUUGUUUAGUCGUCGGAUUGCAGGCUUUCAGGUGAAGAGGGAGAGUUAGCCGCCGGUGGAUUGGGGGCCUUGGUUCUCGGUCAUUUAGUCAGUAUUGCCACAUAGUUUAUCAGCCGAUUUCACGUGGAGAAGCAGAGCAAAGCACGAAGUCUAGGAUGGGUGUAUAACGACACCCUGUCAAAUGUGUGUAUAUAUAUGGUGCCAAUCUUCAUCCUUUCCUUCUUCGUCAAGAGUGAGAAGCACCUCUCCGAGAUUGGUUCGGAUACAGAUUGAGACUAACUAAAGGAGAAGUAUGUUGGGUGUGUACUGUACGUGUAAGUCUGGAAGUUCAGAAGCUCCAUCUAGGAUUCAUUGUCGUUGGAUAUCGUUAGUGUCCUUGGGCGUCAAAGCCAAAUGGAGAUGAGUUCCAAGCCUAAUAAUAACGGGUGAUUUACCAAAAAACGGGGAAAAUGGGUUGGGGUUGCCAAAACACGGGUAUUUUUCUAGGUUUUACCGAAAAACGGGAGUCGGAACUCCCAAUUCCGACUAGAAGUUAGGGUUUCGAAAAAAAAUUAAAACUUCCCCUCCAGUCGGAUUACCCACUUCCGACUGGAAUAUUAUUUUUUUUUGCCACAUUCUUUUCUUAGACUCUUGCUUUUGCUUUUUAAAAAGUAAUAGUUUUAGGGCCAAAUUUAAAAGUUUUUUUAGAUUCCUUACAUAUUUUUAAAAAUCAAAACUUAGCAUUUUGAUUUUUUGAGUAACAAAACAUUUGAUUGCUUUAUAUUGUUUUUUAAUCCAUUUGUAUUGCCAAUUUUGUUUUAAUUGCAAUUUUUGUAAUUUGAAGUGCAAUUUUGAUUUAAUCCAUUCGUCAAAUUAGAUACAAAUAUGAUUUUGUUUUAAGUGCAAUUUUUGUAAUUUUAAUGGAAGUGAACAAAACAAAUGUAGUUUUCAAUGUAAUUUAUUAAUGAAUAGACAGUACAUACAAUAUUAAAUUUAAUACUACAUCUAACGUUGCGAGCUCGGCCCUGCUCCGUCCCCACCGCCAGUGUUCCAAGGCCCCGUUGUGUCUCCAUAGUAAAACGACGAAUUGAGAAAUGACUCAACAUAAUCAUCCGCUUGUGUGGAGUACUGAAAAGAAUCAUAAUAGGGCGGUGGUUCAUCAAAUGAGACACCUUGAUGCGUUGAGAAUUGAGGGGGUGGUUGAUGAAAUGAGACACCCUGUGUUGAGAAUUGAGGGGGCGAUUGUGAGUCCUCACCCCCACCUUCAUGUUCAUCUGCAUCAUCCUCUUCAUCACUUCCACCUUCAUCUUCAUCUUCAUAAUGGAAUAUGCCCCGAUGGAGCAUCUCUUCAUCACCUACGUCCAGGGCCAUCUGCCGUAGUCGUUUUUGACAGUCCUCAUAACUCGCGCGGUCGGCUAAGAGCUGAUACACCUCGUGAACGCCUUGUUUCUGAAUAAAAAUGUAACACGCGUAAAUAAUAUGACACGAUAUAUGUUAAUGAAUAUGGUAUGUAUUCAAAAACUUACCACAAUACCCCAAUCGUGUGCUGUCGGGGUGUAGCCUGUCGUGGGCACAUUGUGAGAAGGGUUCUGAACCCGUGUCAUACCAUGCUUCUUGUAAGAGUUUCGGUACCUAUUAGUUGCUUCGAGGGACAUAUGUCGUUCAUAAUCAAGAACGUAUAUAUUAUGUUGUAUGUCCGCCCACAUCGCCAAGGCAGCGGUUACUAUGUCCGAACGAUUGCCGUGAUUAUCAGUACCCGUCAAAGGAUCCGGUGACGGGUAAGAGCACUCACGGUGAUAUCACUCCUGCGCAUAUCAGUCUCUAGAGGAGUGAAACCACACGACUGUGUGCAUAGGUCGGUCCACUGAGCCUUACCCUUAAUGGUUGGACCACUGAGGGGCAUGCCCCGAAUGGGCAAACCAAGGAUCAUCGCCACAUCUUGUAGACUAAUCCUGACCUCACCGAAAGGAAGAUGGAAAGUAUGUGUCUCCGGCCUCCAUCUCUCCACCAAAGCGCAUAUUAAACUAUGAUCCACCUUCAUACGGGCAAUGUGCUCUACCCCCAAGAACCCAGCAUAUGCUAACAUAUCUAUCACUCUUUCAUGUCGCGGUUCAUCUCCGAAUGCAGCUGAAGGGAAAUUGACGCAUUUCAAGCACAAGUCUUCGGAAUCUGGUUCAUACCAUACACGGCCCGCACGAUGGUGACGCAGUGGCAACGUGAGUAGUGAACAGAGAUGGUUUGCACUAAAUUUGAGGACCCAGCGAAUUAAUUUUGCCAACUUUAACUUUGACAGAUAAUUUUUGCCAGACUUCCAACUUUGACACUUAUCUGAUUGGAUUUAUCUCAAGAAGAUUUAUCUGAUAAAAAUUUAUCAGAUUAUAAUUUAUCCAACUCUUAAGAUAUCAUCUAACUCAAUUCGCUAUAUUCCAUACCAUCUAGAAUGUAAAUAAUUUGUUGUAAUCCAUAUGUGAAUUCAUUUAAAAUAAUCUAAUACUACGUUUAACUUAUUAUUACCCUUGUAAUUUUCGAAAAUAAUUUUUUUUUAUCUAAAAUCACCAAAGUUUAUAAUUACGAUACCCUUUUCCAUAUACUACGUAUAAUACAAAUUCAUCUAACUUAUUUGUAUAAAUUAUACUUUUCCAUACACUUUUUUGAAGAAUUUUUUUUAAAUAACAAUAUAAUCUAAAAUCACCUAAAUUAUACUCCCUAUUUCACAACAAUAAGAGAUAUUCACAAUAGAAUGCAUACUAACUUAUUUGUGUAAUGGUAAUUUCGAAUUUAAUGAGUAAAAGUCCAAUUAUUAUAGCUAAAUUUUACUAGUAAAAGUCCAAUUUCACAAUCUGAAAUGUAACACACUUUCUAAGUUUCAAGUAUUUUAUAACCAAAUUUUACUCUAAAAGUCCAAUUUCACAAUCUCAAAUGUAACACACUUUCUAAGUUUCAAGUAUUUUAUAACCAAAUUUUACUCUAAAAGUCCAAUUUCACAAUCUCAAUAAAAAAUUCCAAAUUACUUAAUUAACUACUUCUACACUCCUAAAACCGAAAUUUAAGACAAAUCCUAAAUGUAACACACUUUCUAAGUUUCAAGCAUUUUGUAGCUAAAUUUUACUCUAAAAGUCCAAUUUCACAAUUCAUAAAUUACAAAUUACCCAAAGUUUUGAUUUGCUUGGGAUUGAAAAAACUGAAAUUGAGUAAUGAUGUAGUAAGUGAGUAUUGGGGUAAAAUUUACAUUCUAUUUAUAUAAAAAAAAAUAGAUAUCACAAGAUGAAUUGGACAAAAGGUUGCUGGACAAAAGGUUGCUCACGGGAUUAAAGCUGAAAAGGAAAGGAUUCCUCCCUGUCGGAUUAGGCAGUUCCGACUGGAGUAUAGGCCGUUAGAUGGUGAUCCGAAAGCUUCUUCAAACCGUUAGAUUGUGAUCCGCGUCAAAAAAUGUGUUUGUUUAUUGGAUGAAUUAAUUAAAGUUGGAUUCCUGCAGUCGGAUUUCCCAAUUCCGACAGGGUAAAUGCGCGAAAUAAACCCUAAACUCUAGUCGGAAUCACCGAUUCCGACUUACGUAUUUUGGUAACCUAAACGUAACUCCCGUGUUUUGGCGUGUCAGGCUCGAAAGUCCCGUGUUUUGGUAAUUCCUUCGUUGAAUUUCAAUAUUGUAGUUUAAUGAUUCAGUUCGUUUUUUUACUAAAUGAUCAACAAGUUCAGUUUUCAAUGAAAUCGUAAAUAAACAUGAUUUAAUGGCUGCAUCAUAAUUAAGACCUUUAAGUCACUUGUAAAUAGCUCCUUCCUCAAUUUCACUAGAUCGAGAUUCCAAAUCCAUAUAUAAUGGGUACCUAAUGAUUCCUAAUAAUUUUUAUUCAAUAGAGUUCAUAAUAAUUUUCCUUGCUGGUAUUUGCAGGAGAUGAGUUCCAAGCCUAAUAAUAACAGUCCUCUUCAUAUUCAAGAAGAGCACAAGACAUUAAUGGACUCUUCUUCAACUUGUACAGUUUUUCUCCCAAAGGAGAUAUUUUUAGAAAUUCUCACCAGGCUUCCUGCUAAACCUUUAAUGCGAUUCAAGUGUGUUUCCAAAUUCUUUUAUUCUCUUAUAGCUGAGCCCCUCUUUGUUAAAGUGCACAACGACCGAUCCUCGACCCGCCCCAAUGGAACUCAAAUCCUCUUAAAUCUUCCCUUCCCAGACCAAAACCACUUCUACACCCUAAAGGACACCGGAGAAGACAAGGGAAUGCUCCAAGCCAAUCAGGUCCAUUAUUUGGAGGGACAACAGUUUAAAAAUCUGAAUAUGUGGUCACAGGCUAAUGGCUUGAUUUGUUUAUGCAACAAUGAUGGAGACGUCUCUAUUUGCAACCCUAGUACAAGGUAUAUUAUAAGACUCCAUUUCAUUGGACUGAAGUAAUCUAAUAUGGUUUAAUAUGGUUUAAAAAUGAUUUAAAAUUCUAAAUCAAUCUGAUCUUAUAAGAUUUAGUAUUAUGUGAAAUUUACUAUUGUCUAAAUUUGAUAUGUUCUAAUCUAUUUCAGUGUCAUAAUGCAUGUUAGAGUAUGGUCUAGUCUAGGAAUAAAAUAAGUCUAACGAACAAAGCCUAAAAUACCAUCACGUCACAAAUAAUAUAUAUUCUGUAUUUAGGAUGUUUUCACUUUGAUUGAUUUUUGUUUCCUUUCAAAUCAGAUUUAAACAAACUCAAUUCAAACCAGAUCCAUUCAUAUCCAACCAGUGAAAACAUUCUUACUUAAAUGAUUUAGUACUACCUAUUACACAAACCUUUGUCCCAUCUUUAGUUUCUCGUUGAAUAAUGACACGAUAAUUUAGACAAUUAUAAAUUAUAAAUAAGAUAACUUGAGUGUAUUUUGAGAAGUAUUUUGGAUGUGUAUAUAACAUAUAAUGAGGUCAUUGAUGAUAAUUAUGAUGCCGUAAGCGUAUUAUUUUUAAUAUUUGAUUAUUAAUUUGUCAUUUAAUUCCUAAAAUAAAAAUGAGAAGUUUUAGCUACACUGACUCCAAAUACUAUUUUUUCUUUAUGGUAUUGUUGUUCUCAUUUUUACUAAAGUUGUGAUUCACUUUUCUAUACUAUGAACUUAAUGUCAUUCUAAACAAGGCAACAUAUAUCCUUUCCAAGAGCUGCCACGAGCCCAAAAAGUCAAAUCUACACUUGUUCUAUCUUGGGAUUUGAUCCGGUUUCAGAAAAGUACAAGGUUUUGAAGUUGCAAAUCUGGAAUGAUUUAUUUAGUGGCUAUUUAAAGAGGCAACAUUGUGUGUUAACUCUCGGAGUGGAUAAAUCAUGGAGGGAGAUUAGUAAUGUUUUGGUUAGGUACCCCGAUGCGGGUGUUCACAUUGGCGGUAUUAUCUAUUUGAUUGUAAGCUCAAUAAAUAAACACCAAAUUGUCACUUUCAAUGUUGGAGACGAGAAUAUCGGGUUGGUACCUUUCCCGGGUAUUGAGGUAAAAAAAUAUCCCGUCCCAACGUCCUUGAGAUUGUCAUGGAUGGAAAUCGAUGGCCGGCUUGCCGUCGUUCAUAUACAAAGUAACAGUUUUGCAGAACGAGUAAUGGAUAUUUGGACUUUGGAGAAAUCAAUGAAAUGGGAGAAGCAUAGCAUUUCCGUUCCAUGGGAAGAGAGUUUAAUAGUUAAAGAUGCUAUGGACAUUGUCUCCACAUGUACCAAUUUAGGCGAGAUAGUGUUGUUCAUUCAGGCAAGGGGGUGUCUCAGAGUUUUAGUUUAUUCAAUUAGAAAACAUUUGUGGAGAAAGUUGGAAGUAUGCGGACUUCAUGAUUAUUUAUAUGAUUACCAUAGAAGAUCAAACAAUGCGGUGGAUUUCAUUCAAGAGAAUUUGUAUUUCUUCUCACAGAAUGAUUGAUUACUUAGUUUUUUUUGUUUAAUAUUGGUUUAUAAGUUGUAGAGCACAAGUUAUAUAUGUGCAAUUAUACUAUGUAUAUAUAUCCAGGUGUAGGUUUAAUUUGUAUCUAGAUGACUACAUAUUUUUGGGAUUGCUUUCAACUUCG